ACUAGGCAUACGGCUAUUAAGUUAAGGUAAAAGUUAAGGUAGCUUGCAUGAUAUCAAUACCAUGCACUUGGGGGAACGCUUAUGUUUUAACAGGUUAUGUGAAUAUAAGGUGAUUUAGGUAUUUCUGUGUGGGGGGAUUUAUAUCCCAGGCCUGUGUGAGGGUGUAAAGUGCACAGGGCUAACAUUUUGGAAACCUUUACACUUCCCUUUAGAAAAGCGACUCCACUCCUAAGCGUCAGUUUACUAGAUUUAAAAAUGGAGAUCAUAUACAGAACAAUAAAAGUUCUAGCUUGCCUCACUGAGGAUGGGAUGGGGGUUGUGAGAACGAAAUGAAUCUAGGUGUUGGAGAACUCUUAGUACAGUGUAGAGUAAGCCGUAGCGUUGUAGAGUACUAAUUCCUUUUUCUCUGCUGCAGGGCCCCAGGCGCAGGUCCAAACUGAGUCCUCUGGCCGUGCUGUCAAUAAAGUUUCCAGGAGCCGGAAGCGGAAGUUGGGAGUCUCCAUGGCGGCGGUAGCGGCGGGCCCGGUGUUCUGGAGGCGGCUGCUGGGCCUCCUGCCUGGCCGGCCCGGGCUAGCUGCUCUCCUGGGCCGCCUCUCGGACCGACUCAACAGGAACAGAGAUCGCCGCGGCCGGAGGUCACCAUGGCUCCUUUUGGCUCCUUUGCUAUCCCCACCUGUUCCUCAGGUCACCUCCCCACCUUGCUGCCUGUGUCCCGAGGGGGUUCACAGGUUUCAGUGGAUAAGAAACUUGGUUCCAGAAUUUGGUGUUUCUAGCUCUCAUGUUAAGGUAUUAUCUUCUCCAGCAGAGUUUUUUGAGCUCAUGAAGGGACAGAUAAAGACAGCCAAGAGGCGAGUAGUGAUGGCCUCUCUGUACCUUGGGACAGGUCCUUUGGAACAGGAAUUGGUGGAUUGUAUAGAAAGUAGUCUAGAAAGGUCACUCCAAGCAAAUUUCUCUUCAGACCUCAAAGUCUCCAUUCUCUUAGAUUUUACCCGAGGAUCAAGAGGUCGGAAGAACUCUCGCACAAUGUUGCUCCCAUUACUGCGGAGGUUUCCUGAGCAGGUUCGUGUCUCCCUUUUCCACACUCCAAACCUUCGUGGACUUCUCCGCCUCCUUAUUCCUGAACGCUUCAAUGAGACCAUUGGUCUUCAACACAUUAAAGUUUAUCUUUUUGACAACAGUGUGAUCUUGAGUGGUGCAAACCUGAGUGACUCCUACUUCACCAAUCGCCAGGACCGAUAUGUGUUUCUGCAGGACUGCCCAGAGAUUGCUGACUUCUUCACAGAGCUUGUGAAUGCAGUAGGGGAUGUGUCCUUACAGCUUCAGGGUGAUGACUCUGUACAGAUGGUGGAAGGGAUGGUACAUCCUUACAAAGGAGACCAAACAGCAUAUUGUGAGGCAGCCAACAAGAGAGUCAUGGAUGUGAUCAAUGCAGCCCGGACCCGACAGCAGCUGCUCCAUGCCCAGACCUUUCACAGUGAUUCCCUUCUAACCCAAGAAGAUGCAGCAGCAGCUGGUGACCGAAGACCAGCUCCUGAUACCUGGAUUUAUCCAUUGAUUCAGAUGAAGCCCUUUGAGAUUAAAAUUGAUGAGAUUGUUACAGAGACACUGCUGACAGAGGCAGAGAGGGGUGCUAAGAUCUACCUUACUACUGGGUAUUUCAACCUGACUCAGGCCUACAUGGACCUGGUCCUGGGCACUCGGGCUGAGUACCAUAUUCUGUUAGCUUCACCUGAAGUGAAUGGAUUUUUUGGGGCUAAGGGGGUAGCUGGUGCCAUUCCUGCUGCUUACGUCCACAUAGAGAGACAGUUCUACAGUGAGGUCUGUAGCCUAGGGCAGCAGGAACGAGUGCAGCUGCAGGAGUAUUGGCGGAGUGGUUGGACCUUUCAUGCCAAAGGCCUGUGGCUGUACCUGGCAGGGAGCAGUCUGCCCUGUCUCACGUUGAUUGGCUCUCCUAAUUUUGGAUACAGGUCAGUUCAUCGGGACCUGGAGGCUCAGAUUGCAAUUGUGACAGAGAAUCGAGCUCUGCAGCAGCAGCUCCACCAGGAACAAGAGCAGCUUUACCGAAGGUCAGGUUUGGUGUCAGCAGCCACUUUUGAGCAGCCAAGUCGGUAUGUCAAGCUGUGGGUGAAGAUGGUGACUCCGCUGAUUAAGAACUUCUUCUGAGUACAGAACCUUAUGACCAUUUGGAAUGGCUUUGAUGAAGACGACGGGCAUGGGUGGUGUUAACUCCUUCAGCCGAGCUUCUGCAAUGACUCCAGUUUGGGUAUCCCAGCGAGCCCCUGCAAUCAACAACAACAACAUGCUUCAGGCCCAAGGCCUGUGUGAAGGCUGCUAUUUCCCAUUUGGUGUGCUGGCAGUAGUAAGUCAGGGAAGGGGGAAGGGAGAGGCCCUGUCUUUGCUCCUUCCUGCCCUUGGAGAAGUGCUUAUGAGACACGAGUCUUGGCUCCUGAAGAGUAGAGGCUUUUUGCCAGGGCCUGAACUGGCACAGAAAUAGCUAAAAAUGGAAUUUGCUAAAAAUAGGGUUUCAUAGGGGUAAUUACGUGCACGUUACAACUGACUCGGUUAACCCACUAUGCACUCAGGAAUUAUUUAACACAAAACCUUCAGAUGAAUGAAGUUCUCUUGAGUUUCAUCUGUUUAAAAUUGAUAUUUCCAGAGCCUGAUCCCUCAGCCUUCUAUUUGCUGUGGCAGGAAAUCACAGCUCUAGCAGAGAGAGAGAGAGAGAGAGAGAGAGAGACACCAAUCCUUCAUACCUAUAUUUCAUACAGACAUAUAUCUGUCUGUCUUGUGUGUGUAUAUAUCCAUAAAUAUAUAUUAUUAAAGGUAUUUGCUUUUAACCAAACCAUUAUUUCUACUUAUCCUAUUUAAUGAUGUUUUUAUUUUCUGCCUGAAAUUCCAAAAUAAAUACUGACAAGUGGUUGCAA